AAUAAACAAUGUCAUCAAAAGAAUCUCGUAAAAGAUCAAAUAGAAGAUCCCAUAAAAAGCCUAAAUAGUAAUUGUGAAUAUUAAAUUAUAGUUCAACUAGUACAUCAAGUAUAACUGAUGAAGGAUCAAAUGGAAGCUCUUCAAGUGAUGAUUACAAACAUUAUAAAUUUCGAAAGGGUGAAUACAUUAAAGAAUAUAAAGUAAGAAGACACAUUUCAGAUGGAACUUUUGGAAGAGUUUUGAAAGUAAGAAGAAAAAAUUCAAAAUCUUAUGCUAUGAAGAUUGUGAGAAGUAAUCAUGCUGAUAGCGCAUAAUAAGAGGCAGAUAUACUUUUUUAUUUAAAAAAGAAAGAAUUAAAUAGAUACUUUGUUGAAAUAAUAGAGAGUUUCUAUCAUAGAGGAUAUUAUUGUAUGGUCUUUGAGAGAGUAUUGUUUAAAAAUAUUGAUUUUAUAGCUUGGUCCAAGUUUAUAUGAUCUGUUAAGAAUGAAUUAAAAUCGUGGAAUUCCAAUGAAUUUAAUAAGAUGCAUUAGCAGAUAAUUAUUAAAAUACAUUGGGAUUUUACACAAUUUAAAAUUGACUCACACAGAUUUAAAACCAGAAAAUAUAUUGUUUAGUAGGAUUCGUUAUUUAUAGAAAGGGCAAAAUGAAAUGUAAGAGAUAUUUAUAUAUAAAUUUUGAAGGUAUCUACCAUAAGAUCACAGGAUAAAGAUUAUAGACCUCGGUGGAGCAGUGUUCGAUGAUGAAGACCAUAAUUGUAUAAUUAAUACACGUCAAUAUAGAGCUCCUGAGGUUCAAUUGUAAUGUUGUAAAUGGGAUUAAAAAAGUGAUGUAUGGGGAAUAGCUUGUAUUAUGGUUGAAAUGUAUACAGGUAGGAUUGAGAAUUUAAAUAUUAGGUCAUUUGCUAUUUUAAACAAGAAAGAAUGAAUUUGAACAUAUGGCUUUGGUUGAGAAGAUUACAGAAUAGAACUUUCCUUAUUGGAUGGCAAACAACGUAAAAGGAAGUUUGAAACAUUUUUUUAAUACAAAGAAUGUUACAAAUGGAAAAUACUAUUUUUGGUUAUAAGGAUCAAGUUCUAAGGAGAGUUAACUAAAAGUAAAGAAUCAGCAAACUCUAAAGGAAAUGAUUCUUGAUCCAUUACUAAGAGAUUUAUUGUAAAAGAUGUUAGAAAUAGAUCCCAAUAAAAGAAUUAGUUGUUAAGAAGCUUUGAAUCAUAAAUUCUUUUCUAAUUGAUCUGAAUGAUAAUUUUUAUAAUAAUAAAUUUAAAUAUUAAUUUGAG